UGCAACGGUCAAAGUCACUGCAUCUCAGUGCAAGAGGUGUCACUACAGUUCCUUGUUUGAAUCCAGGCUGUAUCACAUCUGGCUGUGAUUGGGUGGCACACAAUUGGCCCAGUGUCGUCCGGGUUUGGCCUGGGUAGGCCAUCAUUAUAAAUAAGAAGUUGUUCUUAACUGACUUGCCUAGGUAAAUAAAGGGUACAUGUCAGUGGUGCGUGCGGGUCUGUCUCAGAUUAGGGAUGUUGAAAUAAAAAUACAAACAUUUGAGAGAGAGUUGUAUAGAGUACAACAAUUCCCCAGGUUAAGUGAGCCACAGGUAUUUAUAUACAUAUUUGCAAAUAUGGUGUCAUAGGGCUAGUUUGAAGCUUUGGGUUGCUGUAAGUGUAUUUCUCUCGCGAGAGUUGCGUUUGGCAACGAUGAGUGACGUAUCAGGAAGUUUACAUACCGACAAGAAACACGAGGUCGUGUAUGAAUCUCUGUGAACACAUUGAAGUCGGCUUUUGAAAUGUCUUCUAUUUUAAUCAAUGCCCUUUUAUCAAGUUGCCAUGAUCCGGAUACUUUGUUUAACACGUUGUGCUGGCCAACUGACUCGUGGCCGGACACAGAAAGAGUAGAGGCACUGACAACGUUUAUUGAUGGAAUUGGUAAACUACCCCAGUCUGACACAUCUGACGAUGGCGACAAAGUGGCCUUUUCAAUUGCAAAAAGAGACAUCUUUCUACGAAAAGUUGAAUCGAUCAUUUGGACACAAUGUUUACCACUUCUCUUGAAAGUCUCUAACGGAGACGAGGCGUGCAAAGGUAAACGUGUGCCAGAUGGAAGGGCUGAAAUAACCAUCGCUGUGUGCAGGCUUCUUUCUGUCUGCAUCAACACACUGUGUGACACGGUAGUUUCGGGGCGAGUCGCCCGCGCUGUCCUGCCAUCCUUCCAGCUGCCAGACGGGGAGACAGAGGAAGAGCUUCCCGGCCAGGGUGAGGGGCGGCUGGGUAUCGACGUGGCUAUCGAAGCCAUGUCAGUCAUCCUACCCGCUCUCUCAUCCAACGAAGAAUUGACCACGUCGAUCCUCUCAUCUGCCCUGUCCUGUAUCAAGACGUUGCCGGAUGCUCUGGUCUCCAAAAUCACCGUUCGGAUUAUUUUCACUCUCCUCAACUGCUACAGCGAGGAUGGGAUAGCGAGUAAACUCCGGUUGAUUUUAGAGGAUUUGUGUAGUUGGCACAAGAGUGACAGCUCAAACACGGACUCACCUGUGGUGACAGAACGCGCCUUGCUGUGUUUAACAACUCUCUCGGACUAUCUCUUCUCUCCGGCUAAACUACAGCAACACACCCUUCCUCAAAGUCUGAGCUAUACUCGACCUGACCCUCGUCGUUCUCUGCAGUUCUGGACGAUUCUACAAGAUGGACUGACGCACAAAGACAACGUGUCCCGGAAGCGGGCGUUGUACCUGCUGAAAAGGUGUGUCGCUCUGUCAGAGGAUGAGGCGGUUGAGUUUCCAAGCAGUUCAGGGUCAAGUGAAGAUAAUGAGGAGAUCAUAUUCAGAUGGGCGCCAGACAGAUGCAAGCUGCUCAGAGAGUUCUGGGAGGACUAUGCCUUGGUUAUGGAGACACUGGAGGAGAACCAGAUUCACGUGGUCCGCCCUGUGCUCAACAGAAUCCAUACGUUGAUCCAAACAGCAGCCAAUGAUAGUCAAGGCGUCAGUCUGUUCCACCCGUCAUGGCUGCUGGGUGUGUACCAACGUAUGUUCCACAGUGAGAACAAGUCCGUCAUGAGAGAGGGAGUGGAUCACCUACUGGAACUCCAGGUGCUCCGACGCCCUGCCUUCGCCCUGGCCUUCUCACAGUUCAUUCUGGGUCCUUUCAUGGAUGUGAUGUCUGAAAGCUCCCUCUUUCACAGGACUGCAGGACAGAGUGUAGGAGAGUGUCCUGAGCUGGGAGUCAAGCUGCAGGUCUUCAUGGUCACGUUCUUCAGCAGCCUGCCACAGGAGAACAGAGGUCCUGUGUUGCUGCAGCUUGUCCAGCGGCUAGGUUCUCAACACUGGUGUGCUGUCCCCAUCCUCUUCCUCUCUCGGGCCCUGUCCCACCUUCCUCCCUGCCCUCUCCUGGGCCCCGACGGCCUGCAAGCUCUCAGGGAGGUGCUCCGCUGCACUAUGAUCACCCACCAGGUGCUACUGAGAGGAGCUGCCCAGUGUUUCCUGCUGAACAGUGCCCUCUCCCUGACAGAUGUGACCUUAGUGACAUUGGAUGAUGUGUUUAGUUUGCUGGUGCAUUUCAGAGCAGACGAGUCUCUACGUAGAGGAACACCGCUCUGGAAUCAGGUACUGUGUGGGGGUGGAAUGAGGAAGAGCUCUGUCCUCUGGAAUCAGGUACUGUGUGGGGGUGGAAUGAGGAAGAGCUCUGUUCUCUGGAAUCAGGUACUGUGUGGGGGUGGAAUGAGGAAGAGCUCUGUCCUCUGGAAUCAGGUACUGUGUGGGGGUGGAAUGAGGAAGAGCUCUGUCCUCUGGAAUCAGGUACUGUGUGGGGGUGGAAUGAGGAAGAGCUCUGUCCUCUGGAAUCAGGUACUGUGUGGGGGUGGAAUGAGGAAGAGCUCUGUCCUCUGGAAUCAGGUACUGUGUGGGGGUGGAAUGAGGAAGAGCUCUGUCCUCUGGAAUCAGGUACUGUGUGGGGGUGGAAUGAGGAAGAGCUCUGUCCUCUGGAAUCAGGUACUGUGUGGGGGUGGAAUGAGGAAGAGCUCUGUCCUCUGGAAUCAGGUACUGUGUGGGGGUGGAAUGAGGAAGAGCUCUGUCCUCUGGAAUCAGGUACUGUGUGGGGGUGGAAUGAGGAAGAGCUCUGUCCUCUGGAAUCAGGUACUGUGUGGGGGUGGAAUGAGGAAGAGCUCUGUCCUCUGGAAUCAGGUACUGUGUGGGGGUGGAAUGAGGAAGAGCUCUGUCCUCUGGAAUCAGCUGUGUGACUGGCUGGCUGACAGUGAAGGCAGCUUCAGGCCCUGUGUCAGAGAUUCAGCUGAUGGUACCAGUACUUCUCCAGAGAGAGAGACUGUGAGAGGCUACGUCCAACACCAAAUGGAGCUCUUCCUCAGAGUCCCAGCUAGCACAGACCAGACAGACAGUGUCCCAGACCCAGGAGAGGCGGAGCUGCUUGCCAAGGCCAUCCUACUGUGUGUUGACAUAGAGGGGAGGACUCAGAGGUCUGGAGGAGAGCAGACUACUGGUGUCAGCGGUGGGAUGGACUCGCUCUUACACCCCCUACUGGACACACUGAGCAGGCUCCACACUAAUGUCUACCUGCCGCUACGCAAGACUGACAAGAGCCUGCAGCUGCUGCUACGACUAUUGCAGCUCACACCAGCCAGACACACCCCUGCUGCAGUACUGCAGCUCACACCAGCCAGACACACCCCUGCUGCAGUACUACAGCUUACACCAGCCAGACACACCCCUGCUGCAGACCUGCAGCUCACACCAGCCAGACACACCCCUGCUGCAGUACUAGAAGAACAAGCCAGACACACCCCUGCUGCAGACCUGCAGCUCACACCAGCCAGACACACCCCUGCUGCAGUAGAGAAUGAACAAGAAGACAGUGUGACGGUCUCCAUGGAAACGUUGGUUCUGGGCGUGGUGGAGCCCAUUCAGGAGUUUAUCCUCCGAAGACUGAGUGGAGAACUACAGGAGCUAUGUGAUGUAGAGCGUGCUGAGCUCUACCUGUCAGUGCUGAAGGAGGUGGUGCUGAUGUACAGUGUGUUAGAGUGGAACCACUCCAAGGUACAGGAGGCCUAUUUCCCCAGACUCCUCCGAUACGUCCUGAGGACCCUAGAAGCUGACCAGAUCCCCUCUGUGGCGGGUCAGGUGUCCAGGGCGGUUGCCAUGGCGUCGUUGGCCAUGACCUGUGAGGUUGCAGCGUUGGGAGUGUUCAACCUCCAAUCAGAGACCACGAUUCUACUGGUCCAUCUGUCUAGCUACUUCUACUCCCCUGCGCCACCCCCAGCCCCUCCUCUCUCUCUGGUCAACUUCAACCAGACCCUGCUGAAACCUCCAACUGCAGCUCAGUCAACAGGUGUUUCAGAGCAGGGUCCUCUCCUCAAGGACUGGGGCCGUAUGGCAGCUCAUUUCAUCCGGGACCAGUGGACGUGCCUGGGAUACGGGAGGCGAAUAGGCCCACCCGGGCCCCUGGAGCUCCCCAGGGCGUCAGGGUCCCUCCAGGCUGCUAUAGAGGCUCUGUCUCUGCUACCCAGUGGCCUGGUACUGCCUGUACUGGACUUCAUGGCCUCCAUGUUGCCAAAGGUGGUGCUGUCUGAGGAGGCCCUGUGUGUAGAGGCUGUGACUGUCUCCUGGAAGCUGGUGCUGGGACUGAGCAGUAACCCUCAUGACUUUUGGCCCACCCUGCAGGGCUUUGUGACCAUGGCCUUUCACCACAGCCUGCUGGAGUUAACAGAGGAGCAGGCACCUGGGCUCACUGUUACUCUACAACAGGUAACUAGAGGGAGGCAUGGGGUAUCAACACCUGGGUUCACUGUUACUCUACAACAGAUAGCCGUUGAGUUGAUGGAACUCUCCCAGGCCAAGACCGGUGUAUUCAACGUUCUGAUCCAACACUGCUGCCACACCUGGCUGCCCUCUGACCCAGGAAGUGAAGGCCAGAGCCAAUCACAUGCCAUGUUUUCCAGUGCCCUUCUGCACCUUGACAUCCUGGCUGAGGCAUGUGUGUAUGGACCUGUGUUCAGGAGGGACCAGAGGCUGAUCCAGGAGGUUCAGGUCUAUGUGGAGAGGCUUGGAGAGGAGUGUGCUGCUAACACUGCAGUCCCCAGUGAUAACCGGGAUGACCAGUUCCCACGUGUGUGUGUCGUGGCGUUCCUCAGCCGCCUCCAGCCCUCCAAUCAGCUGCAUGAGAGACUGAUGGAAGAACUGGUUCUCUGCUUGCUGAAAAAGGAUGAGGCCAUAUCGAAGUCAAAACAGCGUUACUAUAGCAACUCCCUGCAGCAUCGUGUCAAGAACAGGGUGUGGCAGACACUACUGAUGCUGCUGCCCAAACUGAGAGGGGAGUUUGUAGGUACCGUUCUGGGUCGUGUGUUUGAGGCAGGUUUCGUCAGUAACCAGGCCUCAGUCAAGUACCUGAUAGAGUGGAAGAUGGUUCUAAUCCUAGUCCAGUAUCCUGAACACAUAGACCGACUCUGGGCCUGCUUCAGUGUGGAUCAAGAAAAGACCAAGACCAGUGUCUGUACCUUCCUGUCUGUGUUGGUCCACCUCAACAUCAUCAUGCCUCAACUCAAGGAGAAGGCAGUACAGUGGUGUAAGGCCCUGGAUGUUAUUCUCCAGUGGUGUUUCAGCCAUAACUUCAGUGUUCGUCUGUACGCCCUGCUGGCCCUGAAGAGGGUGUGGGGUCUGGAGGGGGCGAGGGCCGAGGAGGGGGCCGGGGGGGCGGAUGGGCUCGGGGGGCUGGCCACCGUCGUUAAGGCCUGUCUGCACCAGGCUGAGGCCAUGCAGAGUACUGGAAAUGGCAGUAAGAACUGGACCAGGAUUCAGGACCACUUCUUCUUUGGUGUCUUUCAUCCUGUUAGAGACUAUAGUGUGGAAACCAUAUUCUACACAUUCCCCAGCCUAUCAGAGGUGUUUGAGGACGAGUGGAUUCCGCCCUGGAAGUUUGAGAAGUUGGUGGACUUCUGCCAGAGUGCAUCUCUCCCGUUGAGGAACCCUGUCCCUGACCUGAGCCAGAUUCAGCCUGGAGACUGGAUCCAGCAGGAUAAAGGGGAUCAGGAUGGUGAGGAGCGCUGGGCCGAGGUCCAGAAGAAGAUGACCCCCUGGAGGUUGGGGAUCCAGGAACAGGAGCCAGAGCUGGGUCUGGUGCCCCAGCAGAGAGCAGCACGCCUGGGCAAGCUGCACAGUGCCCUCCUGGUGGUUGCCUCACUCAUAGACAAGCCCACCAACCUGGGAGGUCUGUGUAGGACAUGUGAGAUCUUUGGGGCCAGUGCUCUGGUGUUGGACAGUCUUCGCCACGUCAGUGAUAAACACUUCCAGGCCCUGAGUGUCUCCUCUGAGCUAUGGCUCCCCCUACUGGAGGUGAAGCCCGUAGAACUAGCUGACUUCUUGCAGCUGAAGAAGAAGGAGGGCUACUGCAUUGUGGGAGUGGAGCAGACAGCCAAUAGUCAGAGUCUAAAGGACUACAAGUUCCCUGAGAAGACUCUGUUACUGCUGGGUAAUGAGCGUGAGGGUAUCCCAGCUAACCUGCUCCAGCUGCUGGAUGUGUGUGUGGAGAUCCCUCAGCAAGGUGUCAUCCGUUCCCUCAACGUACACGUGAGCGCCGCCCUGCUGGUGUGGGAGUACACCCGCCAGUACCUGCCCUCUACUGGAGUGAAGUCAGACUGAAAUAGGGAGGGAUGACCUGGAUGAUAAGAAACAAACAAUUUCACAACGUUUUUUUAAAUGUUUUCCAUUGCGUGCACUAAUGAACAUGGCCCUAGUGUGGGGGUAAACCCACCAGUACCUACCCCCUACUGCCCAAGCUGCAGAGUAGGGUUAAGUUGCCCCUUUACAUUGUAGUCAUUAAGCAGAUGCUCUUAAUCAGAGAAACUUACAGUAGUGAGUACAUGCAUGUUCAUACUGGUCCCCCAUGGGAAUCAAACCCACAACUCUGGUGUUGCAAGCACCACACUCUACCAACUGAGCUACAUGGGGCCUUUCCCCACUAAUGGUUAAGGUUAGUAGGGGACGCUGAUCCUAUAUCUGUACCUACAGACAACUUGACCCCAGACCUAUUGAAUCUGUUGUGGUGACUGACCCCUCUCUAUAAUGCCCUAACCCUGCUGGUGUGGGGCUACACCCACCAAAGUCCCACCUCAGGCAGGUGUCAGUCAUCAAAGGAGAAACCAUGACUUACCUCUUCCAUAUUAAAAAAAUUAAUUUGAUCAUUUUUUUAACCCAUUUUAAAAUGCAGCCUUAACCCUCCAAUAUGCCAUAGAUCUAGAGAAUUGAUGUUAGUCUUACAAGUAGUGACUUGUUAUUAGACCUUGAACCCAUCUCAGAUCCAUUGGAGGGUAUUCGCUUUAGCCGUGGCUAGAUAUUACAUUAGAAUAUUCCAAUGCGUUUGUCGUUUGGACAGGGUCAUGUUUCCAAGUGCUUUCCCAGUAAAGCAGCAGACACUUGAUUUUCCCCGAGUCUCUGUUUUUUUUCUGUGUGGUAUUAAAUAUUGAACAAUGCUUUUUUUGGAGUGGAGAAAUUGCUGGAAAGUAAAUGCAUCUUUUUAAACAAAUAAAACAACUAUUUCGUAAGAA